GACGGAUAUGAUAAGGUCAUCUACACACCACCUACCUGCAUCAGACCUUAGCAGGCUCAGAAUCGUGUUACCUGACGGCCCUUGACCAGAGCCACGACUACUGAUUGUCACGACCCUCAGCCAUGAGGAUACAACUAUGAUGAAGAAGAAAUUUACGUUAGAGCGUACGCCGCCUCCGCAUUCGCAUAUGAACCAUGCGGGACCUCACCACCAUCACCACAUGGACACGAAUCCACUAGAAGGUCCAAUGGAGUCCGUGGUCAGCAGUGCAGGAUCAUCGGACGACGGACUGUCUUCCAAAGCUGGGGACAGCCCUAGCAGGAAACGGAGAAGGAUCUCCAGGCAUUUGUCUUCCGGAGAGAGCGACAUAUCAGUGUCUGCGCCGGCGGUGGAGCGCCGGCCGCCGCGGCACCACUACCCGCCGCCGCGCCGCGUGCGCUACGGCUCGGGCGGCGUGUGGCGCGAACAGCCGCGGCCGCCCGUGCUGCUGGACAUCAACCCCAUGUCGCUGCGCGGCGGCGUGUGGUCGCACGCGCCGCCGCACGCGCCGCACCGCGACUACCCCUCCCGUAGUCAGAUGUCGCUGCGCGGCGCGCGCCUGUCGCAGUCGUGCGCCAUGUACCCCCCCCACCCGCAGCACCGGGACCACCCCUCCAGGAACCAGAUGCGGCUGUCGCCGUUGUCGGGUGCGGGCGUGUACUCGCACCACCACCCGCAGCACCCGCCGCACCGCGACUCCAGGAACCAGAUGGGCGGUAUGUACGCCGGCAUCCAGUACCACGGCAGCUUCGCGCCGCCGCCACGGGCGCCGUUCGCUUCCCCGCCCCACCCUCAUCACACACACUACCUCGCCAACUCGCAGCGGGCGGAAGGCGGUCGGCUGCAGCUACUGGGAAACGGUGACGGGGGACUGUCUCCCUUGCAGCCCGCACCGGAGCUGCAUCACGCUCCUCUGCUGCUGGCCACAGAGCCGCGGGGCGCCCCGCUGGACCUCAUGUCGCAUCACGCUCGGCAUCACGCGCUGUCGUAUCGCCAUCGGCGCAACGGGGGCGGCGUGGGCGUGGGCGUGGGCCCGCACGUGGUGGGUUCGCCCAGCCAGCCGUACGUGCGGCACGCCACCCGCUGGCCGCACCACCCGCUGCAUCACAUCCACCCGCAAGGCGGCGGCGGACUGGUGGUGCCCCCUCAGCUCCAAGCGCAGCUGCAUGUGGCCUCACCGCUGUCGCUUCCCGCGCCGCCCACAUAUCAGGUGUUCUUAAACCUCCUGGCCAUGUUCCCGCUGUCCCCUUACGCGGAGGCCAGGGGUGUAUCGGUUGUAUCUAGCGACGACUCGCCAGACUCUCCGGAGACUGAGAACUACGAGGCGCUGUUGUCGCUCGCGGAGCGCCUGGGCGAGGCCAAGCCGAGAGGACUGGCUCGAGCGGAGAUCGACCAGCUGCCCAGCUACAAGUUCAGCCCGCAGACGCACCAGGGCGAACAGACGUCAUGCGUGGUGUGUAUGUGCGAGUUCGAGGCGCGGCAAACGCUGCGCCUGCUGCCUUGCGCCCACGAGUUCCACGCCAAGUGUGUGGACAAGUGGCUGAGGUCCAACCGAACAUGUCCCAUUUGCCGCGGCAACGCUUCAGAAUACUUCAGCAAUUCGGAGUGACGCGGCCGCCCCCGCGCUUCCCCCGUGGAUGUUACUCCUGUGGAAAUUGUCUCCGCUGACAAUCUCUCUUCUGUGGACUGUGUUAAUGUUGCUAAAUUAGGUGGUGUGCUCCCUGGUAGUGACGUCAUAGCU